UUCUGCAUUCAGUUGUUUUCUUUUUUAAUGUAAUAUGGCUGGUGGUACAUGAAGGCUGUUUGGUUCACAGGUGUACAGGUGUACAGUUUGUUUCGGUGAUUGACAAAAUGAGUGCAGGAUGGUGUAUUGAAAGGGGCAAAGCUGCUAAAAGUUUCAUAUUAAAUGUUUCGUGCUUCAUGUGGACUUCUAAAGACGAAAUGAGCAGAUUUACGUUAUCUGCCAUAUUCCUGUUUGGUGUUGUAUUCGCUGUAUCAUUUACUUUUCUUUCGGAAUAUUUUAAAGCACAAUGUUGUGAUGUAAGACAGUAUUCAAUUCCUAAGCCCCAGCAUAAAGCAUUUUCACCUUUACCGGAUGACAGUCAACUUCAUGCUCCAGACGAAGGAACAUUAAGUUUGGUAUUACGCAAGACUGAUGUUCUGAACAAACCACAGAAGAAAAAUUCAGUUUCAGAAUCUGAAGCGUUGAGUUCGUUAUAUGCAGCUUUGGAGAUGAAGAAGGCCGGGAAGCAUGAUAAAGCACUGAAACUGUUCCAGCAUGCCGCAGCACUUGCUCCAAAACAUCCUGACAUUCUCAAUCAUUACGGAGAAUUCCUGGAAGAAACACAGAAAGAUAUUGUUAUGGCAGACCAGCUGUAUUUUCAAGCUUUGACAUAUUCUCCUGAUCAUGUGGGUGCUCUCACAAACCGAGAGAGAACAGCACAAAUUGUUGAAGAGAUGGACCGAAGUAAUCUGCGUAGGAUUGAUGAUAAACGGGAUGCAUUGUCAAAUAUUCCGGAUUCAAGUUCAUCUUUCUGUCGAGCCAAGAAAGAGGCUUAUUUUCAGCACAUUUACCACACUGUGGGCAUUGAGGGAAACACAAUGACGCUGUCUCAGACACGUUCCAUCGUUGAGACUCGGAUGGCUGUCGCAGGCAAGAGCAUCAUGGAGCAUAAUGAGAUUCUGGGUUUGGAUGCAGCCAUGAAGUAUAUAAAUGCUACCCUUGUGAACAGGUUAGGGGCCAUUUCUGUGAAAGAUAUCUUGGAGAUCCACAAGCGAGUGAUGGGUUUUGUAGACCCACUGGACAGUGGAAUAUUCCGUCGCACUCAGGUGUACGUAGGUGGACAUGUUCCACCCGGACCUCUUGAAAUCACGGUCCUCAUGGCGGAGUUUGAGAAAUGGAUCAAUUCAGAGCGGGUCAUGCGUCUACAUCCGAUCAGAUAUGCCGCUCUGGCACAUUACAAGCUUGUACACAUCCAUCCAUUUACAGAUGGGAAUGGACGCACCGCCCGGUUGCUGAUGAACACCAUAUUGAUGCAGGCGGGUUUCCCGCCUGUUAUAAUUCUCAAACAAGAUAGGUUAAAAUAUUAUGAAUACCUAGAGAUUGCAAAUGAAGGAGAUAUUCGACCAUUUGUAAGAUUUAUUGCAGAGUGCACAGAACGAACACUUGAUCUUUUUCUGUGGGCUACUAAAGAAUAUAUGACAGAAUUUCCAGCGAUAGAACAGAAGGAAUGGGAUAGCCGGACUAUAAUUCUAGAUGAUGGUAGUGGAAAUUGGGAUGAUGAGUGAACAUGAGUCAUUGGCGAGGUUUUGCUGCUAUGAGCAGCUGUACUUAUCAGGGUUUAGUCUGAGUCUAGUCAGAGAUGUGCUGAAAUGGAAUAUGUUUAAAUACAGCAAAGUUCCUAUUGAGGUUCUGAUGUGCUUAUUUUGGUGUGUGAGGGUAAGUCUGAAAGUUUGAAGAGAGAUGCACAGUGAUUGCCCUGAAUCUCUUGAAGACAAUUGCAGUCCUGCUAUAUGACAAAAUUCUGCAUGGGAUUUGAGGUUCUAAUGGCAGUAACUGAAGAUUAUUCUCCUCUAAAAUGUGAUGCUGUUGUAGUUUGGUAGAUAUGUACUAACAUUUCACAUGGAAUUCUUUCCCCCCAUCUUCAGGCCAGAAGACACCAUUUUUUCCUGUUUCCUUCAAAACAGUACAUAUCUCUAAAACUAUGGCACCAUACCCCAGAAGACAGUAAUCUAUAUUUUUCUAUUCUGCAUUUUCAAAGUUACGAUAAACAAGUAAGCCAAUCGCCUUUGCAGCCACUUGCAAACCAUCCCCCCAGUCAUACAGAGUCAUGUGGAGCAAGAAUAUUCAAGCAGUCUAUCCUGUUUUUAGCCUCCAUUUGUAGAGUAGACUUAGGGAACUUCAUGUUGCCUGUGUGUCUGUGAAUCCCCCUCAUUAACUUUUAAAUGCCUGAACCAGUCUUUAUGAAACUUGGUAUGAUUAUCAGAGACAGUUUUAGUAGUUUAAAUUUUGAAAUUAAAUGGUUAUAACUAAUUCCUUGGAGAUGAGCACUUCUCGAGAAGCCACCAAUCGCUCAGCUGCUCAAGAAUCUCCCAGAAUUUUGUGUAAUCUGAAGGUCCAUUACCGUGUUCACAAGUGCCCUCCACUGGUCCGUAUCCUGAGUCAAGAAAAUCAAGUUCAUACCACCCCAUCCUCUGUCUCUAAGAUCCGUUUUAAUAUGUAGACUACUAGACCCACCUAAGAACAGCAUUUUUGUGCCAAUUCUUUGAUCACAACAAAUGAAACUGCUAUGAAGAGUUAUGUGACAUCACAUCCCAGCAUGAGUAAUAUUCUUAGUCACUCCCAUGAGAACCAUGAACCCCACACAGCAGUGUGUCUUCUUUCUCCUGCCAUAAUGAAAUUUGGAAUUACUUAAAUAUAAUUAUCCAUGUAUAUUUAUGUCUAAAUCCUGUGUAUUUUAUAUGGAUAUUUGACUGAGAUAUCGUACAUAAAGACACCUGAAGAUGGCACGUUAGUGCUGAAACAUGUAGUGUGGAAGUGAAGAAUAAGGUGAAAAAGUGUAU